UCUUGCUGUCGUCCUGCUGGAUUGGAUUCGAGAAGGACCGCCAGAGAACGCAAGCCAAAAUCAAUCAUGGCGGACUCCACCACCACGCCGCCCAAACCCGUCCACACCAUCGUGCUCGAUGCCGGUCCCGUCCUCAAAAAUACCCCGCCGCUAUCCACCUUGCUGGCUCAAUGCGAGGAACUGCUCAUCACCCCGUCCGUGGUCGCCGAAAUUCGUGAUCCCGACGCUCGCGCUCGAGUGGAAACCCUCUACUUGCCGUUCCUGAAGCAGCGAUCCCCGUCUCCCAAGAGCGUGGCCGUCCUGAGCGAAUUCGCCCGCAAAACCGGUGACAGAUCUGUGCUGAGUAAAACGGAUAUCGAGGUCCUCGCCCUGGCCUAUGAGCUAGAAUGUGAGCGCAAUGGCGGAGACUGGCGACUGCGAAGCGUCCCCGGCCAGAAGCAGGUGAAUGGCAAGCCUCCCGCCAAGGAGGAAGAACAGAAGACCGAGGGCGAGCCCGAGUCGGUCGAGAACAAGCCCGAGACCCCGGAGGUCGAUACCGUUGCCGAAGAUCUCAAGAAAACUUCGUUAGAAGGUGGCAACGAGGAAUCACAAGUAGAGGCUGCCGCUCCUGCGACGGAGUCCGCAAAGGAUGAUGCUCAAGUUGACUCGUCGGCGGUCCAGGCACUCGAAGAGGAGGCCAAGCAAGAAGAGGAUCCUGAUGCUGCCGAUGAAUCGGAUGGCGGGGAAUGGAUCACCCCGUCGAAUUUCAAGAAGCGACAGGCUCGCGACGAAGGAAGCUCUUCGACGACGCCGGAGCCCAAGGUGAUGCAGGUUGCAACCAUGACAACUGACUUUGCGUGUCAAAACGUCCUACUCCAGAUGAACUUGAACCUGCUUUCGACAACCACCUUGCAAAGAAUUAGACACCUGAAGUCGUUCAUCAAACGCUGCCACGGUUGUUUCCUUACCACCAAGGACAUGAGCAAACAGUUCUGUCCCCGCUGUGGUAAGGACACUCUUACCCGUGUCUCCUGCACCACGGAUGCCAACGGGCAGUUCACCAUGCACCUGAAAAAGAACAUGCAAUGGAACAACCGGGGCAACCGAUUCAGCGUCCCCAAGCCCGUCCACGGGAGCUCCAAUGGCAAGUGGAAGGGAGGUGGAGGCAAAGGCGGCUGGGGAACGGAACUGAUCCUGGCCGAAGACCAGAAGGAAUACACAAGGGCUUCCGCAGAGGAGAACCGAAGACUUCGCAAAGAGCGGGAUCUGAUGGAUGAGGAUUAUCUCCCCGCUAUCCUGACCGGCGAACGAAGCAAGCAGGGAGGCCGGAUCAAGGUGGGCGCGGGCAGAAACGUGAACUCAAGAAAGCGAUAAAGGCACACAUUUGGACCUUCUCUUUCCUUUUGAUUCCCUCUUGUCUUUUGCAUCAACGCUGGAACGGAGUUUGGUCAAAAAGUUUCUUUCCUGAUGUUUAACGAUGUCCUUGCGGAUAUUUGAUGGGUUUACGAUACGGGAUGGAUUUCGACGGAUUCAUAGAGCACACAGGCAUAUAUAAGGAUAUAGAUCCAAAAGCGAAAUUUCUCUAAAAUAU